AUGCGGGGAGCGGGACGGACGGAGCGGGGAACGAGGGAGCGGGAUCGGAGGGAGCGGGAAGGACGGGAAAGGGGAUGUGGGGAGCGGGGAUGGAGCCGGGACGGAGGGAUCGGGAUCGGUGGGGAUGGAGGGAUCGGAGGGAUCGGGGACGAAGGGAUCAGUGGGAUCGGGGAUGGAGGGGUCGGGAUCGGCGGGGACGGAAGGACCAGGAUUGGAGGGGAUGGAAGGACCGGGAUCGGGGAUGGAGGGAUCGGGAUCGGGGAUGGAAGGAUCGGGAUCAGGGAUGGACGGGGAGGGAUCGGCGGGAUCGGGGAUGGAGGGACCGGGAUCGGCGGGGAUGAGAAGGACCGGGAUCGAGGAUGGAGGGAUCGGGAUCAGGGGACGGAGGGAUCGGGAUCAGGGAUGGACGGGGAGGGAUCG